AUGUCGGUGCCGCCCAGCCGGAAUCCUCAUGUUCUUUUGAUCCUGUUGGAUGGUUGCCGCCCUGAUGCUCUUUUAGCCGCAGAAGCACCAAGACUUCGUGCCUUGCUGCGGAACAAGGCUGGGCGCUGUGCUUUCUCACUCCAUUGCAAGACAGAUCCUAUCCCACUUUCUGCACCAUCAUGGGCUACAUUGCUGACGGGACAGAGGGCUGCUGUCCACCGCAUCACCAGCAAUGACCUCGACUCCCUUCUCUCGACUGACUCGCAAGGAAGAUUACUUGUGCAACCCUCAGACUGCCUGUGCACUCCAGUGCGGUCAGCUAGCUGCUUUGCAUCAGCUUUCAGCCAGGCCAAGCGGCAGAAGCUUGCAAAUCCAGCAAGUCCUUUUCCACCCACUCUGUUCCAUUUCUUAUCACAGAAUGGUUGCUCCGCAAAGCUGCUGAAUGUGGGCUGGCCGGGUGUGCCACAACUGUGUGCAGAUGCCACGGGCCAGUCUUUGGAGGUGAAGAAGUUUGGUGAUGAGGCCGAGGAGUUGGACAAAGCAGUUGAAGAAAUGCUGAAGCUGUUGCAGGAGAAUCAAGAACUUCCUGAGGUUUUGGCACUGUACACCCAUAGCGUAGACUUGGCCGGCCAUGUCCAUGGCUUUUCCCUGGACGUACCGGAGUACUUGGAGUCCAUUGAGCACUUUGAUGCCUGUUUAGGUCGUCUUUUGGAUGCCCUGGCAGACCGCCAUGAGGAUUGGCUUUUGGCAAUCACCACUGAUCACGGUGGAGGUGCAGCCAAAGAUAUGUCCAAAGACCAGUGGUCCCUGUUUGUAGAGGACUGCAAGUGCAUCCACAAAGGCCUCUCCCAGGCAGGUAGUCAAGGUGUACAUGGCCUGCAAGAUUCAGAUACACAUAACACCAGGUUUGUGAUCCUCUCCGGGCUGAAUGCAAGGCCCGGAGAGAUUUGCCCUCCACCAGAGGCUAUUGAUUUCCUUCCAACAUUGUCCCGGGAUCAUUCACCGCUGGAGCCUGACGAGCUCAAGCGAAUCAGGCAGGCUGGCGGCACUGUCAAUAGGGAAGGGCGGGUUGAAGGCAACCUCAACUUGUCAAGGGCCAUUGGGGAUCUCUUCUACAAGAGGAAUCCAAAACUGCCGCCCGAGAAACAGCUCAUUAGCGCAAUGCCUGAAGUGCGUUUGCGAAAGCUCAGUGAUCAGGACCGCUACUUGCUCCUGGGAUGUGAUGGAAUCUGGGAACGCUUCACAAACCAACAAGUUGUCGACUUUGUCUUGCCGAGACUUCAAGAACAAGAUCGACUUUCAACCGCGUUGUCAGCUUUUUUGACGCGUGCGUUGUCACCCAAUCCAGCCAGGACAAAUGGAGAAGGGUGUGACAAUAUGACCCUUGUUUGUACAGAGCUCACUCGAAAGAGUGAGUGCCAGCCAAAGAAGCUCCAGCUGAAGCGGAGGCGAAGGGAUAAGACUGUCGGCGUGCUGCUUGACUCUGUGCUUAAACCUGAUUCGUGGGUUCCACCUUCAAACCGUCGGAGGCGUUUCCUCACACGGAUCAGGCUAGUGCGAAUGCUCUCGUACCACAAAAAGGUCGCAUCGCAGUUCUUGCACCUGGAAGAAGUCUGCAUUGUGAUCCUGUGUUUUUUGCAUACGUCAUAA